ACACCUUAUUGACCUUGCACUCGUGUAAGUUUGAAAUUGAAAUAAGUUUUGUAUAAAUACUCUGCUGACAAUUUUGCAAGUUUACUUAGUUUCCCGGCGUAAAUGUUUAGUGUAAUUAAUUAAUACAUUGUGAUUUAAUUUAUCAGUUUGACGACAUACAUCUGAAGUGCUCUUAUACGUAAACGUUAACUUUGUGCUGCUUUACAUAUAAAAUACGACAGCGAAAUUGAAUAAAAUGGAAAACAAAAAUGACUUUCAAUACCCGCACACCUUCAUACUUCUGGGCGCUUCAGGUGACUUAGCAAGAAAAAAGAUUUAUCCAACUAUUUGGUACUUAUAUCGAGACAAUCUUUUACCUAAGCACACCAAGUUUAUUGGUUAUGCCCGCACGAAGCAAACGCUUUCCGAAGUUAAAGAGAAGUGCAAAAAAUACUUGAAGGUACGACCUGGAGAUGAAGAGAAGUUGGACGAGUUUUGGGCAGCUAAUGAGUAUUUCGCUGGAUCUUAUGACAAGAGAAUUGAUUAUGAAAUGCUCAACCAGUUAAUUAACAAAUUUGAGAAGGGUCCAGUUGCUAACAGAAUUUUUUAUUUGGCAGUUCCACCUACUGUGUUCCAAGAUGUAACAGUCAAUAUUAGAAAUGCAUGUGUUUCUAUUAAAGGUUUUACAAGAGUUAUCAUUGAGAAACCAUUUGGUAGUGAUGAUGUUAGCUCCGAUGCCUUGAGCAAUCACCUUGCAGGCCUAUUUAAAGAAGAACAAAUUUACAGAAUUGAUCACUACCUUGGCAAGGAAAUGGUUCAAAACUUGAUGACUAUCAGAUUUGCCAAUCAAAUAUUUAAGCCCUCAUGGAACAGAGAAAACAUUGCAUCUGUAUUAAUUUCAUUCAAGGAACCCUUUGGCACAGAAGGCCGUGGUGGUUACUUUGAUGAUUUUGGCAUAAUUCGAGAUGUCAUGCAAAACCAUCUUCUUCAAAUUUUGUCCCUUGUUGCUAUGGAAAAACCUGUUACCUUAAACCCAAAUGAUAUUAGAGAUGAAAAGGUAAAGGUUCUUCGCCACAUUAAUCCUAUUGAACUAAGUGAUAUUCUAGUAGGACAAUAUGUUGGAAACCCUGAGGGGAAAGGUGAUGAAAAAUUGGGCUACCUAGAAGAUCCAACUGUUCCUAAAGAUUCUGUCACCCCAACAUAUGCCCUUGCUGCUCUUAACAUUAAUAAUGCCAGGUGGCAAGGUGUGCCCUUUAUACUUCGCUGUGGGAAAGCUCUAAAUGAGAGGAAAGCAGAAGUAAGAAUUCAAUACAAAGAUGUCCCUGGUGACAUCUUUGAUGGGCAUGCAAAGAGGAAUGAACUGGUCAUUAGAGUACAGCCAGGUGAAGCAUUAUAUUUGAAGCUGAUGAGUAAAUCACCUGGAAUGAAGUUUGACUUGGUUGAAACUGAGCUGGAUCUUACAUAUAGUAUGCGCUAUGGGGAAGCUGAUGUUCCUGAUGCCUAUGAGAGACUUAUUUUAGAUGUGUUUACGGGUACACAGAUGCAUUUCGUACGUAAUGAUGAAUUGAAAGAGGCUUGGCGUAUUUUCACUCCAGUUCUUAAGGAACUUGAAGGAAAACACAUAAAACCUGUUCCCUAUGUGUAUGGAUCUCGAGGGCCUCCUCAAGCCGAUGAUAAACUUGCAGAGUAUAACUUUAAGUACUCUGGCUCAUACAAAUGGAAAAAACCCACUCUUUCUUAAGUUAGUUGUAAGAGCUUGGGGCUGGCUGUUAAACAUGCUGGUGGUGGUUUGCUUCUCUUCUUGGAGAUAAUAAUAAUUUUAUUAUUAUAGGAUAUGUUAUACAACUUAUACUGCUUGUUCCAAUUCAAUAAUUUAAGUUACAUUCCAAUUUUGAUCACAAUUAGCUAGAAUUGUUGUUAAUUUAUAUUUUUCAUACAUUUUUUAUAUUUUCUAUACUUUUAUGUUACAAUUUGUAUAAAAAGCAAUUAUAAUAUAAAUGACAAAUAUAAAUAUUCUAUAGCAUGUAAGGUUUUGCAAGUUAACAUGAUAAGUUAAGGGACCAUUUUAACUGUUUGACAAUGGUUGUGCAUGUGCCUUAUAUACUUUUAUAAAUUUUCAGAACUUUUUAAGCUGUGAUACUGAUGUAAUUCAUGUAGCAUGAACAAAAUAAAUUUAUCUUUGCCAACAUUCCACUUAAGAUUUGAUUAAUUAUUAAUCAUGAUAUUCUAAAUACAUUUCCGUGGUGAUUUUGAUAAAAAUAUUAACCUGCAUUUAAUGGACCGUUUUUGACAAAACAUAUUUUUAUUAAAAAGUAUUUCAUUUUAUGUUAUUGUGAUUGAUGUACUAUUUUUGAAAUAAUACAUUUUAGCUUAGCAAUGUAAAUUUACUUAUUGCAUUUUUUUUCAUGACUCAGCUUUUUGCAUUGUUACAUUUUAGUUGUAAAUCUUGUUUUGUUACAAUUUUUUUUGCUUAUAAAAUAAAGGAGUAAAAAUGGGAGUUUUGUUCUCUGUAUCAGAAGGCUUCUAUAGCAUUUAGUUUUUAUGCUUGAUAGAAAAAAAUAAUCAUGUCAUGAUUAUACUUUUUUUUUGCUCAUCAUGUAUGACAAUGCCUUGAGUCACUGAUUAAUGACCUUAUGUGAAUCUUAUUCACUGAUAUGAUGCAGCAACCCAUAACAAAUAAAUAUAAGGUGUUAUCAACUUCAUUGUACCAUGAUUAGUGUAAUUGAUUUGAAGUAGUUGAUAAUGUAUCAAUUACCUUGCAUUUUUUUUUUCAGUUUAAAAAUAACAAUCAUUUCUGUUAUUCCCUUAUAUUUAACAGUUGUUAAUUUACUAAUUUUAUUGUGUUCACUGUUUUUUAUUUUAUUUUAGAAUAAGAAGCAUUGAUUCCUAUUUACUUUUGCGCAUAAUAAUUUAUUUUGAGGUACUAAGUGCCAAUGUAAUGCAUAAUAAACUAUAACCUUUUGUAAAGGUGAUUACCCUUUGAAUCAUUUAUAGAUCUAUAUACUUAUGUAUUUUAUAUACUCAUAUAUUCUUUAGAGACUUGUACAUUUACACAUCAUCGGUAAACUGUUAUUGAAUCAGAAAUAAAGAUUAUGGUGCUAA